AUGUCACACCGAGUCAAUAUUCGAACUGUUACCGGAAAUAAACAUAGUCCAUUGCUACUAAGUAAAUUUCAACGUGUACAAAAUCGAGCUGCAGCUAUCUGGGAUGCAUGGAAUGAAGAUGGACGUGGUCUUGCUUUGGAAUUGGUGGCUCAUCUACACAGAAUUUCAGCCGAACAAAUCUAUUAUGAUAUUUAUGGAAAUCCAUCAGAUGUUGAUAAACGAUUUGGUAUUGAAGAUUCGACGAAAUUGGAACG